AUGGGAUACAAUGACCCUACCAAUGACAUCGCUCUCCCGUUGGCCUUUCAAGCGGCCAAAAAUGUGGGCGAAUUUGGCCUCUUCUUCUCCCUUGACUAUGCUGGAAACGGUCCUUGGCCAAAAGCCACUGUCGCGGACUUGAUCACGAAAUACAGCAGUUACCCAGCCUACUACCAAUACAAUUCCAAGCCCUUUGUGUCGACCUUUGAGGGUUCUGCGAAUGCAAAGGAUUGGAUUUCCAUCAAACGGCAAACCAAUUGUUUCUUCAUGCCAGACUGCUGGGCUGCCUGGCCUUGGGGUCCGAAUGACAUGGACACCUACACUGAUGCGCCAUACAUGGAGUACCUCAAUCAGACAGGAACAGCCCUGCCCUAUAUGAUGCCAAUAUCACCCUGGUUCUACACGAACCUCCCAGGCUACCAAAAGAACUGGGUGUGGAGAGGAGAUCAUCUAUGGCAUGAUCGCUGGCUCGAGGCUUGGUACCUACAGCCCGAGUUUGUUGAAAUCAUCAGUUGGAAUGAUUAUGGGGAGUCCCAUUACAUUGGCCCAAUCCGGGAUCACGCAUUGGAGGCCCUUGAUAUUGGAGAAGCACCAUUUGACUAUGUGACCAACAUGCCCCAUGAUGGCUGGCGUCUCCUUCUCGAGUAUGUGGCGGCUACCUACAAGUACGACAUUGCCACCAUCGACACCGAAACGCUCGUCACCUGGUAUCGCCUCCAACCAGUCACCGCAUGUGGAACAGGGGGGACCAGCGCCAACACUGCCCACCAGCUGCAGCUCGAGUUCGACCCCACUGAGGUCUUUGAGGAUAUGGUGCUCUUCUCGGCCCUUCUGGAGAAGCCAGCGGAUGUAUCGGUCACUAUUGGCGGUGUCCAGGUGCAAGCGACUUGGAGAAACACCCCGGAUCAUAGUGUUGCUGAGCUGAGAACUGGCAUUUAUCAUGGCCAGGCGGCUCUCAGUGGCCACACCGGAGAGGUAGUGGUAACCAUCUCUCGUGAUGGGGAUACCAUCGCCCAGGUGGCAGGUGAGGCAGUUACUACAACCUGUACUAAUGGUUUGGCAAAUUUCAAUGCAUGGGUAGGCUCUGCACAAGCUUCGAGUGCAGUGAAUGCAAUCCCCCCUACAACGCUGGACCAAAUGCAAUGUGUUAAUGGGACAGGCGCAGCCAACUUUGCUGGACUCUGUGAAUAUGCUUGUCAACGGGGCUACUGCCCAGUCAGUGCAUGUACAUGUCUGGAUAUGGGGGAGGACAAGUUAUUGCCUAAUGCAACAGGAGUGCAAGGGUACCCACUUGAAGGAUUGGAUGCUAGCUACAGCGGUCUCUGUAGCUUUGAUUGCGACUAUGGCUACUGCCCUGACAGCGCCUGUACGACAGUCUCUGCUCCGCUAUCCACCCCGACAGUCUCCGACUUUGCGCCCCCUGCCUGCAUCAAGGGUAGUGGGGAGGGCAAUCUGGCUGGUCUUUGCAGUUACGCCUGUGGGUAUGGAUUCUGCCCUAUGAAUGCCUGUACCUGUACAGAGAAAGGUGCUUUGGUGGUAAAAAAUCCUACUUCGACAGUUGAGGGCGUACCAACCAGCACAGAGGAUGAAGCCAUCUAUGGUCCCUUAUGUAGCUUUUCCUGCCAACGAGGAUAUUGUCCAUCUCCUGCUUGUGUACCAACAACUGCCUCCGCAACAUCAAGUGGAACAAGUGGCGCAACCAUCACAAUUGAUGGCAGCAUCUGGGAGGAGGAAACACCUGCUGUGACCUGUACCCCACCAUGUGAUAUGAUCAUGCCCCCUCUGCCAUUAUCAACCACCACCACCAUCAGCUUCCCAGAUUCAGUGACCGUUUUUACCAAUCGCGAAACAGUGACCAGCACCACCACAUACAUCAAUGGAGAUGUUCAAUCAUAUCGAUCGUUCAUUGUUUACUCCCAUCCUACGGUUAUUCCUAUCCCACCGCGAGUUACCUUUUCAUCUGGCUCUCUCAGCUACACCCGCUCGUCAUCCGAGGUGGUGGUCGGCGGUACCACCUCGGUGCCCGGUGGAACCACGCUUCCUCCCAGGUCUGUGAAAGUGACGCCGAAUGUAUAUCCCACAAUUACCGAUUCUCCUGGCCCUGACCCUACAAUAAACUCCAAGAGCACCUCCGUGAAGUCUUCCGGAGAUGCAGGGCCUCCAUGUACUACAAGCUGUGGAGGUGGAUGUGUCUCACAUUGUGUUGGUGGUUGUCCACUCUGUCCCCCUAGCUUUGGAAUCUCCAUCGGAGGUGGUGGUGGAGGCAGCGACAGUGGGAGUGGCAGUGGCAGCGGUGGUGAUGGUGAUGAUGAUGAUGAAAGCUCUACAACGACAACUACUACUACUACCUCUACUGGAGCCCCCACUGCUGUCACUGCAGCUGGCGCAGGAUCCGGCUGGAUCGAAGCCUUCCCCACCAACAAACCCUCCGACUCCGACUAUUAG